AAGAGGACAGGAGACAGAUGCAUAUUAUUUUGCAACCAUGUCCAGAACUGAGCUCAGGCAGUGACACUCGUAGCAUACUACUUACUUACCUAAAAAGGGCUAACUACGUGGUCUGUGAAACAGAAGGGAGUCACGAGCAGGGGGGGAGAGGGGAGGGUGAGACUGUAGUGGCGGGGGAGGGAAACAGUAGGCGAAACAGUAAUCGUGAUGGUAAGAUCAAGAUUAUAUGA